UGCGUGCCGGACGCGCCUCGAGUCGGUCGCUGCACUUUCCAUUCGCUUCGGUUUGGACGCGCCGAGACGACCGGAUUAUUAUUAUUUUUUUUUUUUUCCUUCGAGUAAUAAUUUUAUUCCCCGCGACAUUCGGUGCGGCCGCGUGAAGCUAUCGAAGUGAAACCCGUCGUUAACGAGGCUAACUGGCCACUUUUCCAUUUGGACCGCUUCCCGUCUGCCACUUUCAAGACCGAGACUACCAACAGCGAGAGGAUAAUGCCCCAGAUGCUAUUACACCAGGAGCCCGGCUGGAAGCUCGAGCGCAAUGGCUCGGCGUUGCUGCUGCGCCGCGACAGCGGGGCGAGGCGUCAGCGCGUCUGUUUUCGCUGCGACGUCGAGGUGCGGGAGUACGAGCGCGACGACGAGGACCCCGAAGAGCCCGCCGAUCCCCCGACCUCCGCCAGCCCCCUCGCCAUGUGCGCCAGUUGCCUGGCCGCUCUCUGCAUAACUGUUUUUCUACCCUGGCUCCUCAUGGGCGGCUAACGACCGUAUAGGCUGUCGAUUGCGCUUCGGCGUGUACAAAGUCUAUACACCACGAGGCCACUGCGUAUGCUACAAAGAUUUUCGACCUUCGAUCAAAGCGAUUCCCCAGUGAUGUCCUUGUCGCGCGAGAUGCUAACGAGACGGAAAUAUAUAGACAUAUGUGUGAUGGCCAAGUGGGUCAACGAACUCUGCAUACACACGUCACACAUGUACAGCAAGAAGAAACGACUUGAACUUGGAGACUGACGAUUUUGAUUUAUUUCUACCGAUGUACCUAUACUUCGUAUUGUGUGUGUAUUUUAACGGCGCGCGUGUGUUUAUUCGAUAACUUUGAAAAAGUUUUGGCAGACGCGCGCCGUUAGCCCGAAUGUUUCGAUAUUCGGUGAACACGAUUAUUUUGUACAGAAGAGAAUGGGGAGUUUAAAUAUGCGCAACGAUUAUUAUAUAUAUAUACGUGCGAGCUAAUGAGGAGGCUCGUGCAUAUACACGCAAGACAAUGCAUUUAAAAAUACAUUCGUUACUUGCAACACAAUGUCAUUUCGAAAUCGUUUCAAAUUUCAUGUACGUCCGAGGUUUUGUUACUAUCGAUUGUUGUUUUUAUUUUUUAAUAAAUAUACAUAUUGUUGACG